AUGUUUAAAUCUCAAAAUUUUUACAUCAUAUUGCUUCAAGCUUUAUGUUUGUUCUUUGGUAUAUUUUUCGGUCUAGGAUACCCUGAAAUAAAAAGAGCUGGAUAUAUUUCAACAAAUUGUACGAUCGAUGAUAAAACAAUAUUAUCAAAGUAUUGUUGCUAUAAGGAAUGUAGUUAUUGCGGAACAGCAAAUGCGCUAAUAGAUCCUAUAUGUUCAGUUCUAAUGUACGAAUGGAAUUCAAUACCACCUCAAACAUGUGCCAAAGCAGUAGCAACAAAUAGUUCGCUAGCAAAUGUUUGUCCUAUAAAUAAUAUAAGGGGGGAAUGUAAUGACGGAUAUUAUUGUUGUUCAGCACGUUGUGAUGCCCGUUGCUCAAGUUGUUAUAAUCGUUACUGUUGUAAGUUUACAUUUUGGCAUUCUUGUGAGAUAAUAUGUCCUACUUGUUACUCAGCUGUGCUCACGGUGAUAUAUCAAAAAAGUGAUAACUUGUUUUAUACAUCAAUAACAACAAAUAUUACUACAGAGUACCUUGAAAACAUAAAUGCUGUAGAACAAAUUCUUGAAAAAUACCCUAUUUCAUCUACGGUUCAGUGUUUCUAUAAUCCCAAAGAUCCUUUUCAAGUAUUAUUAGAUAUAAAUUUUACGGUAAAUACUUGGGUUGCAGUAGGCAUAACUGCUUCGUUUCCUAUAAUUGUACUUAUGUAUGGAACAUGGGAUUUAUUUAGUGAAAACACCACUAUAUUCCAGGGUUAUGAAUAUAGAGUAUUAAUAAUGGAAAUUGCACUAUGGUGUGGAACAAUUAUUCCACUUUUGCUCAUCUUAAUAGAUUUAAUACCAUUCACAAAUGGAAAAGUUCUUUGGACAUUGGCUGUAAUAGGUGUAGCAAUAGGGUGGGCACCUGUACAUACUGUUACUUGUAUGAGAACGCGUGAUUGGAGCUUUAUUUCUGCGUUUACAGUAACUACUAUUACAUGGAUUUUACCUUUCAUAAUGUUUUCUAUAAUCGCUAUAUACGCAUCCAAUACGGAUAUACAUACUUAUAUGUUAAUGUUAGCAAUAAUUACUAUCCCUUUAGGCGUCAAUAUUAUAAUAUUUGUAUUUUGGGACUUGUUUGAAAGGCUUUAA